AUGGAGCCGCCUCCAGCACCGCCCUGCAAGCAGCCGGGCCAGCGGCAGCCAGCGCCGCCCAGCGCCCGGCCCCGGGGUCGCCGCGCCCCCCACCCGUCGGCUCCACGGUCCCAGCCCGCUGUGACGCAGGCCACGGGGCCCGGGAACUUCCUCCCACGCGGAGACCACCCCGAGCCCGGGCCGGCCGCCAAGGGGACUUCCUUCAGAACACGGAAGAAAAUCUCCCGCCGCUUCCCGGCGGGGCCACUGCGGCCUCUAAGACGCCCACCUGGCGGCCAGUGCCGGGGGAAUCGGCUGGGGCUAAUACCUUCCCCCAUCCCUAACAAUGCGCGGAAAACCCGAGGCUUCCCUGCGCUCGGCGCUCACUCCACGACCGCAGCUCCUCCCCUGGGUUCCAGGGAUGCUGAAAUUGAACGCUCCGCCUACAGUUUCGUGCUGUGCAGGAAGGAGUUGACCAGGAUGAAAAGCGAACUCUGCCUUCUUGAAAGCUGACAGUUAUCUGUAUGGAAAAUCUGCCCAGUGGAAAAAUGUCCAGAAAAGAUUACUAAGUAAUAUAGGGUCUUCUGGGAUGCCUUACCAGUACGAACUUUUCUAAGAGCACCAAAAAUUAAACUAUUGCUUUGUCCUGGCAUUCAGGAAAAGACAGGUGUAUGCCAACAGAGGAAUUCAUAGACAACUAGUCCUCUUUCACUAGUUGGUUGGUUGUUACACAGUUGGUUAGUUGGUUCUUAAGAAAGCAGGCACCUCCUUUUACCCCAAGCCAAAAUUAAAAUGUGUCCAAAAGUUGUUCUCUUAGGCUUUUUACUGAUUUUUCCAUGUUCCUCUGGCAAACUC